CCCCCUCCUCCUCAGGUGAGGCAGCCUGGCCUAGCAGGCCCCACGCCACCGGUUCUGCCUCCAGGCCACCCGCUGUUGCGGGGCCACCAUGCUCCUGCCCAGGCCUGGAGACUGACCCGACCCCGGAACCACCUCCAGGCUCCGCCCUCACCUGCCGGACCCCAGGCCCAAUCUGCGUCCGUGAUCACGGCGUGCUCUGGCCAAGGCCCAGUCCCUACAGCCUGCCUGGAUGGACGCCUGGGACUGGGGGCGCCAGGACUGGGCUGGGCUGGGCUCCCCCAGGCCCUGCCUCCCCGUCCAUCUCCUCACAGGUCCCACCCUGGCCCAGGAGGUCAGCCAGGGAAUCAUUAACAAGAGGCGGUGACAUGGCGCAGAAGGAGGGUGGCCGGACUGUGCCAUGCUGCUCCGGACCCAAGGUGGCAGCUCUCACUGCAGGGACCCUGCUACUUCUGACAGCCAUCGGGGCAGCAUCCUGGGCCAUUGUGGCUGUUCUCCUCAGGAGUGACCAGGAGCCACUCUACCCAGUGCAGGUCAGCUCUGCGGACUCUCGGCUCAUGGUCUUUGACAAGACGGAAGGGACGUGGCGGCUGCUGUGCUCUUCGCGCUCCAACACCAGGGUAGCUGGACUCAGCUGUGAGGAGAUGGGCUUCCUCAGGGCACUGACCCACUCCGAGCUGGACGUGCGAACGGCGGGCGCCAACGGCACGUCAGGCUUCUUCUGUGUGGAUGAGGGGAGGCUGCCACACACCCAGAGGCUGCUGGAGGUCAUCUCCGUGUGUGACUGUCCCAGAGGCCGUUUCUUGGCCACCAUCUGCCAAGACUGUGGCCGCAGGAAGCUGCCCGUGGACCGCAUCGUGGGAGGCCGGGACACCAGCUUGGGCCGGUGGCCCUGGCAAGUCAGCCUUCGCUAUGAUGGAGCACACCUCUGUGGGGGGUCCCUGCUCUCCGGGGACUGGGUGCUGACAGCUGCCCACUGCUUCCCGGAGCGGAACCGGGUCCUGUCCCGAUGGCGAGUGUUUGCCGGUGCCGUGGCCCAGGCCUCUCCCCACGGCCUACAGCUGGGGGUGCAGGCUGUAGUCUACCACGGGGGCUAUCUUCCCUUUCGGGACCCCAACAGCGAGGAGAACAGCAACGAUAUUGCCCUGGUCCACCUCUCCAGUCCCCUGCCCCUCACAGAAUACAUCCAGCCUGUGUGCCUCCCAGCUGCCGGCCAGGCCCUGGUGGAUGGCAAGAUCUGUACCGUGACGGGCUGGGGCAACACGCAGUACUAUGGCCAACAGGCCGGGGUACUCCAGGAGGCUCGAGUCCCCAUAAUCAGCAAUGAUGUCUGCAAUGGCGCUGACUUCUAUGGAAACCAGAUCAAGCCCAAGAUGUUCUGUGCUGGCUACCCCGAGGGUGGCAUUGAUGCCUGCCAGGGUGACAGCGGUGGUCCCUUUGUGUGUGAGGACAGCAUCUCUCGGACGCCACGUUGGCGGCUGUGUGGCAUUGUGAGCUGGGGCACUGGCUGUGCCCUGGCCCAGAAGCCAGGCGUCUACACCAAAGUCAGUGACUUCCGGGAGUGGAUCUUCCAGGCCAUAAAGACUCACUCCGAAGCCAGCGGCAUGGUGACCCAGCUCUGACCGGUGGCUUCUCGCUGCGCAGCCUCCAGGGCCUGAGGUGAUCUCGGUGGUGGGAUCCAAGCUGGGCCUAGGAUGGGACGUUUUUCUUCUUGGGCCCGGUCCACAGGUCCAAGGACACCCUCCCUCCAGGGUCCUCUCUUCCACAGUGGCGGGCCCACUCAGCCCUGAGACCACCCGACCUCACCCUCCUGACCCCCAUGUAAAUAUUGUUCUGCUGUCUGGGACUCCUGUCUAGGUGCCCCUGAUGACGGGAUGCUCUUUAAAUAAUAAAGAUAGUUUUGAUUAA